UCCCUGCUCCGCGCGGCCAGGAUGGGGCCGCCCGUGCUGGCCGUGCUGCUGACAGCAGGAAUCCUGCGCGCGCAGGCAGCGCCGCCGGCGCGCUCCUUCCAGGUGGACUAUGAGGGCGGCUGCUUCCGGAAGGACGGCGCCGCGUUCCGCUACGUCUCGGGCAGCCUGCACUAUGCCCGCGUGCCGCGCGCCGCCUGGCGCGACCGCCUCCUCAAGAUGUCCAUGGCCGGGCUGAGCGCCGUGCAGCUCUACAUCCCCUGGAACUACCACGAGCCGCUGCCGGGGGUUUACGACUUUGCCGGGGAGCGGGACGUGGARGCCUUCCUGGACCUGACGGUGGAGCUGGGGCUGCUGGUGAUCCUGCGCCCGGGGCCCUACAUCUGCGCCGAGUGGGAGAUGGGCGGCCUGCCUGCCUGGCUGCUGUGGAAACCAGACAUCGUGCUGCGCUCCUCCAACCCCGACUACCUGGCGGCUGUGGACUCCUGGCUGCACGUGCUGCUCCCCAAGAUGAAGCCCCGGCUGUACCCGUACGGAGGCAACAUCAUCAGCGUGCAGGUGGAGAACGAGUACGGCAGUUACUACGCGUGCGACCACAACUACCUGCGGCACCUCCUGGGCACCUUCCGGGCACUGCUGGGGCCCGACGUGCUGCUUUUCACCACGGACGGCACGCGGGCRGAGGAGCUGCGCUGUGGCACCCUGCCUGGCCUCUACGCCACCGUGGACUUUGGGCCAGGCUCCAACAUCACGGAGGCGUUCGGUGCGCAGCGCCUGGCGCAGCCCAAGGGGCCCCUGGUGAACUCCGAGUACUACACGGGCUGGCUGGACUACUGGGGGGAGGCGCACGCCAGCAUCAGCUCYGCGCUGGUGGCCCGCGGCCUCGAGGCCAUGCUGCGCCUGGGGGCCAACGUCAACAUGCAAGUAGCUCGCUGGCUGGCACUGGGCGCGAGCCAGGCUGCCGGGCCCCGCCAAGGGUGCUGGAGCGGGUACAUGUUCCACGGGGGCACCAACUUCGCCUACUGGAGCGGUGCCGACUUCAAGGAGGGCUACAAGCCCGUGACCACCAGCUACGACUACGAUGCGCCGCUCUCGGAGGCCGGAGACCCCACGGAGAAGCUCUUUGCCAUCCGCACGGUUAUCAGUAAGUUCCAGCCCGUGCCCGCCGGCCCCAUGCCGCCUGCCAGCCCCAAGCAGGCGUACGGCCGCGUGGCCCUGCGGAAGUAUGCCGACCUGCUGGACGUCUUGGACGUGCUGUGCCCCUCCGGGCCCAUCCGGAGCCAGUUUCCCCUCACCUUCGAGGCCAUAAAGCAGGCCCACGGCUUCGUGCUGUACCGCACGCGCCUGCCCCGYGACGUCCCGGCGCCCGCCGCGCUCAGCGCUCCUCCCCACAGCGUCUGUGACCGCGGCUACGUGAUGCUGCAGAGGGAGUACCAGGGGACGCUGGAGCGGGAUGGGCAGCCGGAGCUGCAGGUGGCAGGCAGGGAGGGGGACACCCUGGACGUGCUCCUGGAGAACAUGGGCAGGAUCAACUUCGGCGCCAACGUCAGCGACUUCAAGGGCCUGCUGGGCAACCUCUCCCUGGAGCGCAGCCCGCUGCGCGGCUGGCAGCUCUUCCCGCUGGCCAUAGAGGCGGCCGUGGGGCAGGGCUGGCCCCACGCUGCGCCCCRCCGGCCGAGCGGCACCGCCGCGGUGGGCCCAGCCUUCUACACGGGGGCCUUCGAGAGCCCCGGCGGCGCCAGCGACACCUUCGUGGAGUUCCCAGGGUGGCGCAAGGGCCAGCUCUGGAUCAACGGCUUCAACCUGGGCCGCUACUGGCCGCAGCGCGGGCCCCAGCAGACGCUCUUCGUGCCCGGCUCGGUGCUGCACGCCGGCCGCCCCAACAACAUCACGGUGCUGGAGCUGGAGGCGGCGCCGCCCGCGCCCUCCCUGCUCUUCCUCGACCACCCUCUCUUCAACAGGACCCUCAGCCGCAGCGCUGCGGCUGCCAAAUAA